CACCUCGCUCAACUUUAGCUGCGAGGUACACCUUUGCAGAGACACUGAGCCUGAGAGCCUGAGCGCGCCCCGACCGACGCUGCCGCCGGAGAAUCACCGCCGAUCAUCAGAAUUCAGGAUUAUACGAACUCUGAUGAAGGUGUGACUUCCUCUUCCCUGAACCAAAUUUCUGAAUUUGUCUUGUGUGUGUUUUCGUUUGACUCACUCACCGAAAUUCUCAUCGGAGCUGGGUAAGAUUGUUCCUAUGAUGGGAUUUUGCAUCUGUCCGUUGGAGACACCGGCACGGCUGCUGUGGAGCACUAGCUUCUUUCGCCACAAGCUCAUGAUCUUCUGAGUGCCGGAGUAAUAUAUACUAUACAUAUACAGAAACCGAAGUUUACUGUUAAGGCUUCGCCGGAAAUUGUAAUAUCGACGGCGGUGAAAUCGCCUGAGAUCUAGCUGAGUAUACCAGAAUCUGAGAUGGAUUCCUGCCGUCUUUUCUUUGAUCCUUCCUCUGGCCACGGGAACAUGCUCUUCCUCGGGAACGGACCAAGAUCAAUUAUGAACAUCGAGGAAACCUCGAAAAAGAGGCCAUUUUUCACCUCGCCAGAAGACAUGUUCGAUGAGGAAUAUUACGACGAACAGAUGCCGGAGAAGAAACGUCGCCUCACUCCUGAACAGGUACAUCUGCUGGAGAAGAGCUUUGAGGCGGAGAACAAACUGGAGCCGGAGCGCAAGACCCAGUUGGCCAAGAAGCUGGGAUUGCAGCCCAGGCAGGUGGCGGUCUGGUUCCAGAAUCGCCGAGCACGGUGGAAGACUAAGCAGUUGGAGAGGGACUAUGAUCUCCUCAAAUCUUCUUAUGAUUCCCUUGUGUCUGAAUAUGACUCCAUCCUCAAGGAGAAGGAGAAGCUCAAAUCUGAGGUUGUUUCCUUAACUGAGAAGCUGCAAGCUAAAGAGGUGACUGGAACACCAACAUUAACUGUUCAGAAAGUUGAACCACUUCAGGCAGAUGCAGCCGACGUGCCACCUGUCCCAUGCAGCGUAAAGGUUGAGGACCGCCUGAGUUCUGGAAGUGGCGCAAGUGCAGUGGUCGAUGAAGAUGGUCCACAGCUCCUGGACAGUGGUGACUCCUACUUCCAAAAUGCUGAAUACCCUGGAUGCUUGGGUGUCCAAUCGGAAGAGGAUGAUGGGAGUGAUGAUGGGCAGAGUUAUUUCUCUGAUGCCCUUGUGUUGCCCGAGCACCAUCACGAGGAGGGAGAGGCUUUGUUGUGGGUUUGGCCUUAAAAUGUCAUCAAACUCGUGUUAGUGAUUGUUCUUAAGAUGGGUGUUUUAUUUCUCUUUGCUGUAGUUGCUUAGAAGAAGAAACAAAACUACUACCUAAUGGAGAUGAAAUAACAAAAAAAAAAAAGAAAAAAGUUGGGGAAGAAAAACAAAAAAAGGUGACCUUUAGGUCAGUAAUGGAUUUAAAGGCUAAGGUGAUGAAUAAAAUUAUGUGUUUUGGUCAAUUGGUCAUUGGGAUGUACUUCAAUCUUCCUUGUGUUCUAUUAUAUUUUAGCUUUUUCCAA